AUGUAUGGUGUUUUAUCUGUUUUUGGUUUUAUUGCUUGUUGCUUUGUCUGGUUUAAUAAUACCACUUAUCCUAGUGAGUUUUAUGGGCCCACUGGUCCAGAAGCUUCUCAAGCUCAAGCAUUUACUUUUCUAGUUAGAGACCAACUUCUUGGAGCCAAUGUAGGAUCUGCUCAAGGACCUACAGGUUUAGGUAAAUAUCUAAUGCGUUCCCCGACUGGAGAAGUGAUUUUUGGGGGAGAAACUAUGCAUUUUUGGGAUUUGCGUGCUCCUUGGUUAGAACCUCUAAGGGGUCCUAAUGGUUUAGACUUGAGUAGACUGAAAAAAGAUAUACAGCCUUGGCAAGAACGUCGUUCUGCAGAAUAUAUGACCCAUGCUCCUUUAGGCCAUUUAUGGCACGCAGGAAGAGCUCGCGCAACUGCCGCAAGAUUUAGAAAAGGAAUUGAUCGCGAUUUUGAACAUCAGAUUACCUUGAAGGUUAUGGUAAUUAAAGAAAAAAACAAAGUUGUCUUUGCAGAGGCGGGGAAGGAAUUUGUGAAUGUUCUGUUUAGCUUCUUGACAUUGCCUUUGGGAACUAUUGUAAGACUUGUGCGUGAGGAGUCAAAUAUGAAACCAAUUCAAGUUGGAUCACUGACAUCACUCUAUCAGAGUGUGGAAAAUCUAGACAAGGAUUUUCUGUGCACAGAUUCGUGCAAAGAAAUGAUACUGCGACCCAAGAACUCAAUGGAGGGUUAUUCCAAGAGUCUGAAGCUGAACAUUGACGACACAGAACCAACAAAGUACUUCGUAUGUAACAACUUACUCAAGUGUCGACUCCAAAGUCCGGUCUUAAUAAGCACAUUCAAGAACAAAAGAUGCAAAUGUGGGAACAUGCUGGACAAACUCAUUUCUCCUGAAAGCAGCUCUGAUGAUUUUGUUAAGAACAAUGGCACUUUUAUCAUCACGGAUGAUCUGAAAGUUGUGCCAAACUCAUUGAGUACAAUUUUUAAUCUGUUCAAAAUUUCUGGCAUAGAAAACAUGUCUUCAGUGAAUGAAAUGACGGUGACUAUAACCAACAAACAGUUAAAGGAUCUGCUGAAAAGUUGUUUGAGCUCAACAAGAUUAACUUUGACAAAUUUGUUCUUAGAAAAACCGUUUCUUGAGAAAGUUAGAAAGGUUGAAUUUCCUCCCUUUGAUAUGAAUAUAGAUGGUAGUUUCAAAAUCAACGUGACGAUAGUGCAGAGAAAAUCAAACGGGAAAAUAGUGUUUGCUGAAGGAAAAGAAGAUUUUGCAGACUUUCUUUUUAGUUUCCUCACAUUUCCUUUGGGAGGAGUGGUACAUUUGAUGGACGACUUUUCUUCUAUGUACAAGAGCAUUGUUGAUUUAGAUGAAAAUUAUUGGACUACAGGGAAUAUAAAGAAUAAACUUGUCGACCCUGGACUUGUCCCGCAGCUAUUGUUAAGCAACCAUCUACUGCCAGUCUAUGAUGGCUCCAAAUAUUUUUGUAACACUCAUCACAAAACUAACUAUUUUGGUGGAAAAAUUGUCGAUUCAUGUCUUACUGCCUGUUAUUUAAGUAGUACAUUGAAGCAAGUAACCAGUGACAAAGGUACAUGUACAACUUUGGAUUUUGUUGAUCCUAUAUUAAAGAGAGGAAAUAGUGAAGGAUAUGCGAAAGGGCCAACAAUGUACAUGGCAACAGAUGAUUUAGUUGUGACACCUUUUUCUUCAACUUCUGUUAUAUCUUUACUAACAAGUAUGAACAUUCCCUUCAGUGACUUGGAAGAGAAAGAGGUUGGCAUUGGAAUCAAGGAGUAG